AUGUUGCACUGCUUCCUACUAGCACAUGUACAGCAACUCAUGAUCGCAGUAACUCAGUGCAAGGAUGCAGAGCAUCUAAAUUAUUCUUUAAUUGCUUCUGUGGUAAAAAUAAUCUUUUUGUUAACAGGUUUUCUUCAUAACUGCUGUGAAGCCUACAAUGUUGGGCUCCUUAAAGCAAAAAUAUUUUCUGGUCCAUCAAGAGAGCAGUUUGGAUAUGCAGUUCAACAGUUCAUAAAUGAGCAAGGCAAAUGGUUAUUGGUUGGCUCACCCUGGAGUGGUUAUCCAGCAAAUAGAACCGGAGAUAUCUAUGCAUGUCCUGUUGGUACACCCAAAACCACAUGUAAAAAAUUAAACUUGCAAGCUUUAAUAAAUAUUCCAAAUGUAACUGAGAUAAAGGAAGACAUGAACCUUGGCUUGACACUGAUACAGAACUCAAAAACAGGAGGAUUUUUGACUUGUGGCCCCUUGUGGGCACAGCAGUGUGGAAGCCAGUACUAUGCAACAGGAGUCUGUUCUGAAAUCAGCCCAAGUUUCCAGAUUCUAAGAAGCUUUUCUCCUGCUAUUCAAAAGUGUUCUUCCGUCAUAGAUAUUGUUGUAGUUUGUGAUGAGUCAAACAGCAUUUAUCCCUGGGAUGCUGUGCGGGCAUUUUUGAAGAAAUUUGUCCAAGGUUUAGAUAUAGGCAUUAACAAAACCCAGGUGGGUUUAAUUCAGUAUGCAAAUAAUCCUCGUGUAGUGUUCAAGUUGAAUGAGUACCGAACAAAGGAUGAUGUUGUUAAUGCAACAGAGAAAACAUUUCAACAGGGAGGAGACCUGACUAAUACUUUCAAAGCCAUCGACUAUGCAAGACAGCAUGCCUUCUCAGCUGAGUCAGGGGGACGGCCUACAGCCACCAAAGUAAUGGUUGUUGUGACAGACGGUGAAUCGCAUGACGGCUCCAACUUGAAAACUGUGAUAGGUAGAUGCAAUGAAGACAAUAUAACAAGAUUUGGUAUUGCUGUUUUGGGAUACUUAAUCAGGAAUGAACUUGAUACUAAAAACUUAAUUAAAGAAAUCAAAGGAAUUGCUAGUCAUCCAACAGAGAAGUAUUUCUUUAAUGUGUCAUCUGAGGCUGCACUACUGGAAGAAGCAGGAACACUUGGAGAGCGUAUUUUUAGCAUAGAAGGUACAGAUCAAGGUGAUACGUUCCAAAUGGAAAUGUCACAGGUGGGCUUCAGCGCAUAUUUCUCACAAAAAAAGGAUGUCCUGUUACUGGGUGCUGUUGGGGCUUAUGACUGGAGUGGAACAGUAGUUCAGGAGUCUUCAAACAGAGUUACUACUUUUCCAAGCAAUGUGUUUGAGAAAAUUCUGCAGGACCGAAAUCAUAGUUCAUAUCUAGGCUAUACUGUAAAUUCAGCAUCGACGCCUGGAGGUGUGCUGUACAUAGCAGGGCAGCCACGAUAUAAUCAUACUGGUCAAGUCAUCAUUUAUAAAAUGGAAGGAAGAGAGGUGCAAGUACUUCAGAGGUUAAAAGGAGAACAAAUUGGCUCAUACUUUGGGGGUGUUAUUACCACAAUUGACAUUAACAGAGACUCAUUUACAGACCUUCUCCUUGUUGGAGCUCCUACAUAUAUGGGAACUGAAAAAGAAGAACAAGGGAAAGUGUAUGUAUAUGCUCUGAAUAAGACAAAGUUUGAGUAUCAAAUGAGUCUUGAACCUAUAAAACAAACAUGCUGCUCGCCAUUAAAACAUGACACCUGCAAAGUUCUUAAGAAUGAACCCUGUGGAGCACGCUUCGGGACUGCAAUUGCUGCAGUGAAGGACCUCAACCUUGAUGGGUAUAAUGAUAUUGUAAUAGGAUCUCCCUUAGAGGAUGAUCAUCGAGGAGCUGUUUAUAUUUAUCAUGGCCGUGGCAACACAAUCAGUAAAAAAUAUACACAGCGUAUUGCAUCUGGUGGAGAUGGGGAGAAAGUGAAAUUUUUUGGCCAGUCUGUGCAUGGAGAAAUGGAUUUAAAUGAUGAUGGUCUGAUUGAUGUCACUAUUGGAGGCCUUGGUGGGGCUGCCCUCUUCUGGUCUCGUGAUGUGGCUGAAGUAAAUGUUUCUAUGCAGUUUAUGCCCAAAAGUAUCAAUAUCCAACAGCAAAACUGUCAGAUAAACAAAAGAAAAACAAUAUGCAUAAAUGCCACAAUUUGUUUUAAGACCAGACUAAAGUCAAAGGAAGAUAUAUUUGAAUCCAGUCUACAGUACUGGGUUACUCUUGAUGCACAAAGACAGAUAUCUCGAAGCUUGUUCACAGAAACUCAUGAGAGGAAAAUGCAAAAAAAUAUAACUAUCAAAGGGUCAGAAUGUAUUAAACAUAACUUCUACAUGUUGGACAAACCUGACUUUCAGGACUCUGUAAAGGUUUUGCUGGAGUUCAAUUUCUCUGAUCCAGAGAGUGGACCUGUUCUUGACAGCAACCUGCCAAAUUCAGUAUCUGAAUUUGUAAGUCAGCAAGAUUCUGUAUUAAUAAACAAAAUAUUUAAGGUGAAACACAUAUCCCACACAAGACCUGAAAGUAUUGUUCAAAGAGAUAGUUUUUAAGCCCAUCCAAUAGAUGUGUCUUUUAAAUAUCUGCUUAAGUGUGAAGAACUUAAUUCAAUGAGUUCUUGGGACCCAGUCUAGGAAUCCCUAGCUUUAAAGCUGUCCGGA